AUGGUCUCUCGCUGCGUGCGAGAGCUAGAGCUACGUAUCGAAUAUUAUACAGUAUUGCCGAGUAGUUUAUAUACCUGCAAAUCGCUCGUGACUUUGAGACUUGAAGGAUAUAAGGUUCGUGUAAAUGUCCCUGGAACGGUUUGUCUCCCUUCUUUGAAAACCUUGGAACUUCAGUGGGUGAUAUACUCUAAUGAAGAUUCUCUUGGUUUGCUUCUAUCAUGUUGCCCUGUUCUUGAAGAUCUGGUUAUUAAACGAGGUCAGCGUGACAAUGUGAAAGCGUUAGUUGUUACUGUCCCGUCCUUGCAGAGGUUAUCCUUGUGGAUCGCAAGUAAAUGUUCGUCCGAUGGGUAUGUGAUAGAUACCCCUUCUUUGAAGUAUUUGAUUGUUAAGGAACACAGAGACAGUUCCUCCUAUUCGAUAAAACAUAUGCCAAAGUUGGAAAACGCACAUGCCAAAGUUGGAAGAGGCAUAGAUCUCCAAAAGUUUCUCGGAUCAAUCACAUCUGUCAAACUUCUCAACACUCAUAAAACACUAAAUCAGGAUUUCUUCAUUGGUUAUGACUUUUCUAUGUACCGUGCUGGUACUGUCUUCGACCAGCUUGAAUAUCUGAAGCUAAAUGCAUUCAAGAAUGAUUGGUCCAAGUUACUUGUCCGGUUGCUCAAUGCUUCUCCUAAUCUGCGAGCCCUCACUCUCUCCGUCUAUGGAUAUUUUGACGACCAAGAACAGAUUCGCUGGAGCUUUGAGCCGAGUUCGAUUCCUAAAUGUUUGUUGAAGAGUCUUAAAACUUUCAAGUUUAAAAGGUUCAAGGGAAGAUCAGAAGAGAGAGAUUUCUUGAGUUUUCUCUUCAAACAUACUCGUUGCUUGAAGUCUUCAUCAAUCUUGAGCAGCAGAUGA